AGCAGAUGCGUGUAACGCGGAGGCGGAGUCUUAUUAUAAAUGUGAAGCAGCCAGCUGAAGGGAGAAUGACACUCAGUGUAACAAAAAUCUCCUUCCGCUGUCCGUAUGUGCAGAGAGCAGUCUGAUAUCGCUGGGAGGAAAAUGUCGUGCGGGCUGUGGAAAGAGACCCUGGCUCUGGGAGAGGACUACCUGUCCCUGUGCUGCACAAGCCCACGGCCAGCCCCUCCACCUCCCAGCGAGUCAGCCGCUGCCAUGAGGCUCCUGGCCCAGAAGAUGGAGAAGCAGCACCAGGCGACCCUCCACUCCCAUGCUCAGACCUUCCUGAGGCAGUGUGGGCCGGACCCCUGCUCCAGCCUCAGGAAGGUGAUGGAGGAGCUGGUGGUAGACGGACACUUGAACUGGGGGAGGGUUGUUUCCCUUUUCGCCUUUACUGGGGUGCUGGCCAGACAGCUGCAGGAGCAGAAGGGCAUGAAGCCGGGGCUGGACUCCGUGCAGGGGCAGGAACCAGGACAGGAGCCCGGAAACUGCAGGGGACUGGCAGAGACCAUAGCUGAUUACCUGGGAGAGGAGAAGAAAGACUGGCUGUUGGAGAAUGACGGAUGGGAGGGGUUCUGUAAGUUCUCUCGCAGUGCCAUAGAGGUGAGGCAGGACUCGUCCAUGAAGACAGCGCUGUUUGCUGCUGCUGGUGUGGGACUCGCUGGACUCACCUUCCUCCUGGUGCGCUAAGCUUGCCUUCUACAUCCUCAACACGUCCUCAUCCAUGUCCUCAUUUGGCACAAUUAAGUAGAUAUUUGAUAUUUGAAUUCUAACAUCAAUGCUGCGAAAACAGGCUAAAUCUGUAGUGAAUUCAGGGUUGUAAUCUCAAGUCAUCAACUGAAUGUUUGCACAUACUCAGACCCCACAAACGCAUUAAAACUGACAUUUUGUCAUUUGCUCCAUAAGAUUGUAAAAAUGAUCUCAAUGCCUUCAGAAAUUUUGGAGUAAGUGACAUUUAGAUUGCAUAUCUUAGACAGUUUAAUUUCUAAAGCACAGGUUUCUGCACAGAACUAUCUUUGCUCUCAAUGUUUUCUAUGUUAAACUGUGCAGCUAAAAGACUUCAGUUUCCCCACAGCUUUUGGUUUUGAUUUGUAAAAUUGUAGGCUGCCUUUUUUUUAUUAUUAUUAUUAUUAAUUUGUUUACCCGAGUUGUGUAUGUGGUAAAGAGCCAUUCUAGUGUACAAUGUAUAAAUUAAUAUAUUAUAUUUAUAUGAAAUGAAACUGUAAGCAGUGGCCCCUUUUUUCUAACUGACCCACAGCUAAUUCAGUUAUUUCAUUGUUCUCAUGUCUGUCCUGCAUUCAUGUGAAAUGUGAUUUACAUGCGUCUACAGAGCUCAAUACAGCGCUCACGAAAACACAACGGUGCUAAAAUGAUAUGUUGUGAAUUGUUUAUCAUAUCAAUCAAACCAGGGACCAAUCGGACUUCAAACAUAUUGCUAUUAGAACAAACCGUUGCUAUAGCACCCCCCCCCCCCCCCCCUACACAGAUCCACAAACAUUAUAUUUUUACAUUUUGUUGGUCUAUUUAUUUGUCACUGUUUUUUAUAUAAUAAAAAAAAGAACCAAUUA